AUGGCAUCGGCAUGUUCUGGUGCUUUAAUAACAUCCCUAUUCAUGACACCAUUGGAUGUAGUUAAAAUACGAUUGCAAGCUCAGCAAAAAGCAUUACUUUCUAAUAAAUGCUACCUGUAUUGCAAUGGACUGAUGGAACACCUUUGCCCUUGUGGAGAAACAGCUUGGAUACCUAGACGUGUCCAUUUUCAUGGUACAAUCGAUGCCUUUUAUAAAAUAGCUAAAUUAGAAGGUGUUCCAGCUUUAUGGUCUGGCCUUAGCCCAACACUUGUAUUAGCUCUACCAUGUACUGUUGUAUACUUUGUUAGCUAUGAGCAACUUCGGUACAAAACAAAAACUAUUUAUAAUAAAUUAACUGGAACUGUAAAUCAACCCAUGUGGAUACCAUUAUUUGCCGGUGCUUCAGCUAGAACAAUUGCUGUUAGUUUAUUUAGUCCUUUAGAACUUAUCAGAACAAAAAUGCAAUCCAAAAAAUUAACAUAUUCAGAAAUCAGAACAGCAUUGAGUCAUGUCAUUAAGUAUGAAGGAUAUAGAGGACUAUUUCGUGGUUUAGGUUCAACUUUACUUAGAGAUGUGCCAUUUUCAGGCAUAUAUUGGACCACUUUUGAGUCCACUAAGAGAGUGUUCAAUAAACCAGAUUCAGAAAAAAAUUCAUUUUUGUUCAACUUCUUUUGUGGUUGUGUUGCUGGCACUAUUGCUGCAUUUGUGACUCUACCAUUUGAUGUGGUUAAAACACAUCAGCAAAUUGAACUAGGAGAAAAAGAGAUUUACAUAGAUGGAAAAGUUCAGCAGAGAGCCUCAAAUAUCCAGAAUAUAGUGAAAAACAUUUACAGGAAUCACGGUGUUAGGGGACUAUUUACAGGUCUAUUACCUAGAAUAUUUAAAGUUGCUCCUGCUUGUGCUAUCAUGAUCGCAACAUUUGAAUAUGGGAAACAAUUCUUUCAAAAAUACAACACACAGAAAUAUAAAGAAAAUUUACAAAGACACCAAGAAAUUAUUUUAUUGGGUAAUCCAACUAAAAGCAAUGACUACUCA